UUGCAGCUCAGCCAGCAACAACAACAACAAUAACAAAAAUACAUCAGCUAUAAAAACCCAACUCAAUCAACAUGAAAUUCUUAGUCACCAUUGCUGCUCUCUGCCUGUGCCUGGCCUUUGCUGCCGGCCAGCAAUACUUCCUAGGACAAUUCCCCGGUCGCUCACGUUUCGCCUACGAUCCUUUGGCGCUGGCGCCCUCCACUCAGGCGGCUCAAGUGCGCGAUCCCCGUCAGAACAGAGGCCCCGUUGUGUUCCCUCCCUCGCCACCAGACGCAAUUGAGGAGUCGAGCGGUGUUGUUGUUGGCGCCUCUGGUUUCGGUUUUGUGCCUCCGCAACAAAGCACAAUCUUUGGUUAAAUGCACACACACACAAACACACACACACUAGCAAAAGCACACACACCAGCACACCACACUCCACACACAACACAAGAAAUACACACAUUAAGCACCCACAUAAAUAGCAAAUAGCAAAAAGCUAAAAACAAAAAAAAAGCAAUGCCAUGCUGCACCGGAAACGGAAAUGCGCGUCACAGUUAAUUGCAAUUUGAGCGCUUGCAGCACUCAAUCAACCAACAAUCAACCUCGAUCCCCGAUCCCCCCGCAGCCCUAACCACAUGUCCUCCUAUCCCAACGCACACACCACACAAACACUCAAGCACAUGCUAAUAAUAAUACUAGUAAUGCUAAUGAUAAUAAUAAAUAUACGAUAUUAGUUGUUUAUUAGGUAUUAUUUAAUUUAAUUCUAUUGUUAUCGAUAUUUGCUGCCAACACAAUUCACCUUAAUUGCGCUUUUCAAUUUUGAUUUUAUUUUGUUUUAUUAUUUUUAUUUGCCAGCAUAAACCAUAUUUAUGAUAUAUGUUCUAAAUUCUCACCUUUUUAUGAUUUUGUAACUCGAAUUUAUUUUUAAACUAAAUUAUAAAUAAAAACAAAUUUACAUAUAAACAAA